AGCGCGCGUGUGAUGUGAUGUGUUUGUGUAUCCUCAGUGUUUUUCUCUCUUGCGUGUUUCAUUGAGUGUAAACAGAGUCUUGUCUUUGUGUAUUUUAGUGUUGAGACGUUGAUGAUGAGGUGUGUUGUGCUGUAAAUCAGUAGGAACUGAUCUGUCCAUGCUGGAUAUAUUGAUGAUUUCAUCAGAAAUCUCUCAGCUGAAGAAAGAGGUGGCGUUACUGGAGACAAAGCUGAGGUCAAGAGGAGAUUUAGCAAUGAAUCGAGAGGAUGUGGAUUGUUGUGAAUCUUCAGUGUAUGUGACUGAUGAUGGGAGUCUGGAUUCAGUGUGGAUGAGCAGAGAUCAGAGCCGCACACCACAGCCACUGCUGGACUCUAAACUCUCUGAAGAGAAAUCCAGACACACACAGGACUCCGAUCUCAGUCUGACUUUACUCUGUUAUACUGAGUCAAAGCCCACAGACACUCAGGACACUACAGUGUGUGACAGUAAACAGAGCUUACAGGAGGAUCAAUCCUCCACACAGUCUCUGGAUUCUGUCUGUAACGCUGGAGAACAGCAGCAGAUCCUGCAGACCAAACUGAAGAUGUGUUCAGUUAAACUCAUCGACUUCAAGAACCUCAUGAUGAAGAUUAAAACUGAACCCACAGAAAUCCAAACUGAACCAACAGAAAUCCAAACUGAACCCACAGAAGAGGAAGAUCGCACUGAUUUUAUUCCAUCAGAUGUGAAGAGUGAUUCAUGUUUGGAUAUAGAAAUAACGUCCUCAACAUCAAAAGAGCGACUGACAGCACAAACUCUUUCCUGCAUCACCUGUGGAAAGACAUUCAGCUCACAGAGACUUUUAGAGAGACAUGAGAGAAAACACACAGAACAGAAACUCUUCACCAGAUCUGAGAUCAGCUUUACUACCUUACAAGAGAAGAAACUUCAUUCAGAAGACCACAGAGAGAAGAAGAAGAAGAAGAAGCAGUUUCACUGUGAGCAGUGUGGGAAGAUUUUUGGCUCUUCUUCUAAUCUAAAAGUUCACAUGAGGAUACACAGUGAUGAAAAGCCUUUCAACUGCACUGAAUGUGGAAAUUCCUUCAGAACAAAACAAUAUCUUAAAGUUCAUCAGAGAGUUCACACAGGCGAAAAACCUUUUGAGUGUCCUCACUGUGAGAAGAGAUUUAGCCGUAAACGUGGUCUGAGGAGACAUGUGCUUUUACACACCAAUGAGAGACCGUAUCAGUGCAGUGAAUGUCACAAAACCUUUAGGGAUUCAAGUUCAUUAAAAUCACACCAGAUUACUCAUAAAGAGAAACUCCAUCAGUGUUCACACUGUGAUAAACGUUUCUGUCAUAAAUAUCAGCUGAUAAACCAUGAGAGAGUUCACACUGGAGAGAAACCAUAUCACUGUAGUGUCUGUGGGAAGACUUUUAGUCAACAGUCAAACUUAUUUAAUCACAAGAGAGUUCAUACAGGUGAAAAACCUUUCAAAUGCUCUCAGUGUGACAAGAUGUUUGCUUAUUCAGGUCACUUCAAAGUCCAUCAGAGAGUUCACACUGGAGAGAAACCUUAUCACUGUAGUCUCUGUGGGAAGAGUUUUGGUCAACAGUCAAUCUUAAUAAUUCACAAGAGAAUUCAUACAGGUGAAAAACCUUUCAAAUGCUCUCAGUGUGACAAGACGUUUGCUCAGUCAAGUUUCUUAAAAUCACAUCAAAGAGUUCAUACUGGAGAGAAACCUUAUCAUUGUGGUGUCUGUGGGAAGAGUUUUACUCUACAGACUUCAUUACUAAAUCACAAGAGACUCGCAUGCGCAAGAAAAUAUUGAGACAGGACAUCCCACUACAAACAAUUACACAAAGGCAAUAGACAGCAUUUGUGCACACACUAUUGUUUUUUCUACUUUUAUUUUCACUUAUUUCAAGAACAGAAAACUGUGGAGCAUCUUCGUCACCCUAAUGUUUGAUUCCUGGUCUUUGUUUUCUUCAUGUUUCUUCUAAACUUUGUUUGCCAUGGUGGAUCGUCUACUUUUCUACACCUAUCCUAAAUUUUUUUAAAGGCGGAGUCCACAAUGUUUGAAAAACGCGUUGGAAAAGGAGACGGGCCGACUACCAAAACACACUUAUAGCCAAUCAAAUCAAAUGCCGGGUUGCGUAUGUGUGGGGCGGGUCUAUCAACAGAAGGUCCAGAUUCUAUUGGGGUGGGGGCGUGUUUGUUUGGGUGAUUUCAAAUAUAAACAUUGGCUUUCAAACAUCGUGGACUCCGCCUUUAAUGGCGCUUUUCUGUUGUAUAGUACCUAGCGGUUUGGUUUGGGUCGGGUCAGCUUACUUUUGGGAGCUUUUCCACUGGGUGAAGUACGUAGUACCCGAUACUAUUUUUUAGUACCACCUCGGUUGGGAAUCCAAGCAACCCGAGCUGAUACCAAACAUGACGCGAAAACACUGUAGAUUACUGAUUGGUUUGAGAGAAUCGUCACUGUCAGCGUCAUUGCUAUAAUCUAAAAGAUUAGCUUUACCUCAGUGCUAGCUUGUUGUCAUUUGUUGUCAUGUCAGGCUGAUUGGGUUAGAAUGCCACACUUGACAUGUUAAAAGGAGGAUGAUGCUUGAAAUCAUUGUUCUUCCAUUGUUAACCAUGGUGACCUGCAAAGAAACGUGUGGAGCCAUCAUUGAGUUGCAUAAAAAUGGCUUCACAGGCAAGGAUCUUGUGGCUACUAAGAUUGCACCUAAAUCACCAAUUUAUAGGAUCAUCAAGAACUUCAAGGAAAGAGGUUCAAUGCUUGUAAAGAAGGCUUCAGGGCGUCCAAGAAAGUCCAGCAAGUGCCAGGAUCGUCUCCUAAAGAGGAUUCAGCUGCGGGAUCGGAGUGCCACCUUUGCUCAGGAAUGGCAGCAGGCAGGUGUGAGGCGAAGACUUUUGGAAGAUGGCCUGGUGUCAAGAAGGGCAGCAAAGAAGCCACUUCUCUCAACAAAAAAACCACAUCAGGGACAGAUUGAUCUUCUGCAGAAAGUAUAGUGAAUGGACUCCUGAGGACUGCUGCAAAGUCAUAUUCUCUGAUGAAGCCCCUUUCCGUUUGUUUGGGGCAUCUGGAAAAAGGCUUGUCAGGAGAAGAAAAGGUGAGCGCUACCAUCAGUCCUGUGUCAUGCCAACAGUAAAGCAUCCUAAAACUAUUCAUGUGUACAUUUGCCUCUCAUCCAAGGGAGUAGGGUCACUCACAAUUCUGCCCAAAAACACAGGCUGGAAUAAAGAAUGGUACCAAAAUACCCUCCAACAGCAACUUCUUCCAACAAUCCAACAACAGUUUGGUGAAGAACAAUGCAUUUUCCAGCACUAUGGAGCACCGUGCCAUAAGGCAAAAGUGAUAACUAAGUGGCUCGGGGACCAGAACAUUGAAAUUUUGGGUCCAUGGUCUGGAAACUCCCGAGAUCUUAAUCCCAUUGAGAACAUGUGGUCAAUCCUCAAGAGGCGGGUGGACAAACAAAAACCCACUAAUUCUGACAAACUCCAAGAAGUGAUUAUGAAAGAAUGAGUUGCUAUCAGUCAGGAUUUGGCCCAGAUGUUGAUUGAGAGCACGCCCAGUCGAAUUGCAGAGGUCCUGAAAAAGAACGGCCAACACUGCAAAUACUGACUCUUUUCAUAAAUGUCAUGUAAUUGUUGAUAAAAGCCUUUGAAACGUAUGAAGCGCUUGUUAUUAUAUUUCAGUAAAUCAUAGAAACAACUGAAACAAAGAUCUAAAAGCAGUUUACAUUAGUAAUACGCUCGCUUAUAAUGUUGAGUCAUAGCCGCAGCAAAUUUAACUGCUUAUGCUAUCGUGUAUUAUGUUGUGCUAUCUGUCGUUUUUCUGUGCUUUUCACUGCUUCUAUUAAUGUAAAGCUGCUUUGAAACAAUUAACUAUUCUGAAAAGUGCUAUGUAAAUAAAAUUGAAUUGAAUUUAUACUUUCGUCUUCCCUUGGCCUAGACAUAAGUUAGAGUCUCAGACGUGCGCUACGGCUAGAUGGUGCUACAGGUGUUAAUUCUACAUCCGACAUAAAGCACAUUUUACAUACAAAGUAGGAUUAGGACCGGGUUUAUGCCCAGCAUGUGCAACCGGCCCCAGGGGUUUAGUUAUCCUUUAACCCUUGUGCAUCAAUUAAAAAAGUUACACAUAGGUUCAUAGGGGACAAAAAUGUCCAUGUCCAAAAAGUGUCAUAAAAAUAUUAUUAAUUUAUAUUUUUUUCCACUUUCACUGAUGUCAUUUUUAAAACCAGCAUCAGCUCUAAUCACAAUGACCAAACAUUCAUUAAUUUUCAGAAUUUUAACCCUUUAAAUGCUGGUUUGUUUACAUGAUGCCACUGCUGUUUUUUUAUGAAAAAAAGAAAUUUUUUAUUUAUUUUAAAUUUACUAAAUGCUAAGCAGAUUUUUUUUUCUUUGAUUAUUACAGCCUUGGAUAUGUCAAUGAUUAACAACAACAUAAAUUUUUAUGCAAUCAUAUUUUUUAUGCAGUAUCAGAUUUAAAAAAAGUUACCUCUCAGGUCCAUAAAGGACGAAAAUGUCCAUGUCAAUAAAGUGUCAUAAAAAUAUUAUAGAUUAAUAUUUUUUUCCACUUUCACUGAUGCCAUUUUUUUAACCAGCAUCAGCUCUAAUCACAAUGACCAAACAUUCAUUAAUUUUCUGAAUUUUAACCCUUCAAAUGCUGGUUUGUUUACACAAUGCCACUGUUGUUUUUUUAUGAAAAAGCGACACCACCUUUGCAGCGGUUGUAGUCUUGUGAUUUCCAGUACAAUAUAUAUAUUUUUCAUUCAAACUGUUCAUACACACACACACACACACACACACACACAUUCUGGUUUCCAUGUUUUGUGGGGACAUUUCAUAGACGUAAUGCAUUUUAUACCAUACAAACUGUAUAUUCUAUUCCCCUUACCUACCCCAUUCCCUAACCCCAACCAUCACAGAAACCCUUCUACUACUUCACAUUUUCAAUAAACAUCAUUCUGUUUGAUUUAUAAGCUUGUUUUUUCUCCUGGGGACCUCAAAAUGUCCCCACAAGGUCACAAAAAUACUGGACUGGUAUUUAUAUCUUUGUGGGGACAAUUGGUCAAUUACCAGGUACACACACAUAAAAUUUUCAGUACACACAUACAAACCACACUCUGACAUCCAUACCAACACACCCACACAAUUAUAGCUUCAAAAUAUAUCUAAUUGGCUCUAUAAUAUGCAUAAGCCGAAAACAGCAGAAAGCAACAAUAAAGCAAUAAUUUGCUUUAUAUGCCAAAUCUAAAAAAAUGGCACCAUCUGGGAAAAAAAGUACAAAUUAAAAUUUUGAAGCCUUGCCAACAGAAUGAAAGCCUGUUAACAAAGAUUGCAUCAUUUUAUAGUUGAAUGGCACCGGGAUUAAAAAUUGCAGUUUUAAUGGGUUUCAAUGGGGACAUUUUUGUCCAAAAGGUCCUGAGAGGAACUAUUUUGUGUACCUAGUAGAAAAUAGAUUUUUUUUUUAAGGAAAUGAAGGUGAAAUAUUAAAAUUGGAAAAGCCAAAAAUGCCCUCAAGGAUGCACAAGGGUUAAUAGUAAAAUAAGAACAAAUAAUCAAAUUAUGAACAAUAUCGCAGAUAAAUACAAACACACAAAUGAAAUAAAACUGUGCUGUUUGGGUUUUUCAGAUUGAUCUAAAAGUUCUGUAUUUUGGAGGUAAGGUGCCAAGCUGGUAAAGGGUGUAUGUGUCCAGAAGGAAACAAACUGUCAAAAACUAUAUACAAUAGUGUUAAUUCAUGUUGUUUUUCAUAUUUUAUUUACACAUUUUUUUUUAUCUUUUAAAAACUCUUUUUUUAUGUGUCAAACUUGUUUAUUUUAUAUUGUGUGCUGUGUGAUUUUACAAAUUGGUUUCAAAGUUUUAAUGUCAUGGGACCACAAUGUCAUUAAUUGUUCAUUAACUUUGCUUGGUAUAGGAACACACUGAGAAAGGAACUGUUCAGAUUAUUCAGUAAAUUCUUUGUUCAUUUUUACAAUGAUGUCUUCUGACUUCUGCUAUAUGCCUAUUCUCUUGGCUGGUAAAUUAAAGUUUACAUAAUUA